CUUUGUGUACCAAACUUUCUCUUUCUCAAUUCUCAUUUCCUCUUCUCAAUAAUCUCAUUUUUUUUCGUUUUUUUUGUUUGAUUUGAUAUGAAAACCAAAGACCGAAAUCAAAGAACUUCAAACGAAGCGUUAAAGUGAUACAGUUUCUGAUUUGAAGCUCAGUUCUUUGGAAAAAAACAGAGCCCAUUGCUGCAGCCGUUGAAGAACAACAAGAACAAAAGAAGUUCAGAGGAAGCUGAUGAUUGCUCUGUUUUCUUCUUGGAGAAUCCAAAAUGAUAUCGUACCAAGCAAAAUUAUCCCUCUCAAUAACAAUAACGCUGUUUUUUGUUAUCUCCCAAGCAAAAUCAGUUAACUCAGAGAACAAGUACCACAGCUUCUGUGCAACCAGCAAUUUCACAAGAACCUUGCCGUUUCCAUUCGGAUUCUCACCGGGUCGGCCCAUCCAACUCAGCUGCAGCUCAACAGGGGUAAGAAUUGGAGAAUUCCAUGUUUUCAAUAUAACUUCCACAGACAUCAUCAUUGACCUUCCCGCCAACUGCAACCGACGGCUGGCUUCACUCUCCGUUCUGUUCGGUGAAAACUACGCGCCUUCGACUUCUAAUAGUCUUCUGCUCCAAAACUGUUCGAAGCCCUUACCAGCUCCUUGUGAAAUAAGGCCAAUAUUUAUGGAAAGAUCAUUCGCACUUACAAAUUGCACUGCUAAGAGUGAUAAUAUAAGUUGUUUUGCUGGCGCUGACGGUGGGCAGUUGUUGAGUUUCGAGGAAGUUAAUAAUACUCAGUGCCGUUUCUUGGUUUCGUCGACUUGGAUUACAUUUGACUCGGCGACGAACUCAGUGGUUUCCUUGGAGCUGGGACGAGUUUACUUGAAAUGGUGGAUAAAAGGGGACUGUAAUUGUGAUGAAAAUGCUAAUUGUAGGAAUGUUACGAGAAGUAACAGUACGGUGGGGUUUACGUGCCUCUGCAAGGAAGGGUUUGAAGGAGAUGGGUUCAAAGAUGGCGGUGGUUGCCGGAGAGUUUCUAAUUGCAAUGCUAUAAAGUACAUGUCUGGCGAAUGCGGGGGACGUACAAGAAUUGGUGCUCUUGUUGGAGGGCUUGUUGCUGGGGCUUUGCUAAUGGGUGGUGUGGCUCUUUUAUGUUGCUACGUUCGGCGGCGUCGUAAUUCCGUCAACAAACAGAUGAGUGCAAAGCGCCUUCUGUGUGAAGCUGCAGGCAAUUCAAGUGUUCCUUUCUAUACCUAUAGAGAAAUUGAAAGAGCUACUAAUGGCUUCUCUGAAAAGCAUAGGCUGGGGACUGGAGCCUAUGGUACAGUUUAUGCAGGAAAACUCCACAAUGAUGAUUGGGUUGCCAUAAAAAGGUUCAGAUAUAGAGACCCUGAUAGUAUUGACCAAGUAAUGAAUGAGAUAAAGCUCCUUUCCUCUGUCAGUCACCCAAACCUUGUCCGCCUCUUAGGUUGCUGCAUAGAGGAGGGUGAACCUAUCCUGGUCUAUGAAUUCAUGCCUAACGGAACCUUAUCCCAGCAUCUACAAAGGGAGAGGAGUGAAGGACUUCCAUGGACAGUAAGGCUCACCAUUGCCACUGAAACUGCCAAGGCCAUUGCCUAUCUUCACUCUGUGAACCCACCUAUUUUUCACCGAGAUAUAAAGUCUAGCAACAUACUCUUGGACUACAACUAUAGAUCCAAGGUAGCUGAUUUUGGUCUUUCCAGGCUUGGGAUGACUGAAUCAUCCCACAUCUCAACUGCCCCCCAAGGAACACCUGGGUAUCUUGAUCCUCAAUACCAUCAGUACUUCCAUCUUUCAGAUAAAAGCGAUGUCUACAGUUUUGGGGUUGUUCUUGUGGAGAUAAUAACUGCAUUGAAAGUGGUCGACUUCUCACGUCCUCAUAGUGAUGUAAACUUGGCUGCAUUCGCUAAUGAAAGGAUAGGAAGAGGCUGUGUCGACGAGAUAAUCGAUCCAUAUCUUGACCCCCAUAGAGAUGCUUGGACACUGUCAUCAAUUCAUAAUGUGGCUGAGCUAGCAUUUAGAUGCCUUGCUUUUCAUCGGGACAUGAGGCCUACCAUGACCGAAGUCAUGGAAGAGCUAGAACAAAUCAGGCUCAGCGCUUGGGUUCCAGGCAUGUGCAUCCAAUCACCAUCACCAACGGCUUCAUAUUGUCCAUCUUCGGAUGAUGAAAGUGAGAAAUCUCUAAAUACUAAGACAGUCAAGAAGUCGGUUGUUGGAAGCCGGAGAUUCACUGUGAAAGGAGAUUGUUUAACUUCAUUGGAUGAAGUCAAAAAUAGUUCUCCUGUUUCAGUCCAAGAUCAUUGGUUAAGUGAACAAAGCUCAUGACCUUCAACAAACAGCUUGUUGGGUAGUGCAUCUCAACGAGCAUGAGACCUCGCAAGAACUGUUCCUGUUUGGUGUUUGCAUUUUAUCAUUUUUUGUGAAUACUCUUGCCCCACGUUGUAAAAUUUUAUAUGUUAAAGGAUACGU